CACCCCGGGGCUGGAUACCAGAUCCCUUCACAAUGCUGGUGGUCCAUGGCCUGGAUCCUUUGCUCAGCCUUCUCCUCCUCUUGCUCCUGGACCCCCACAGCCCUGAGGGGGGCCAUCCUCCUCAGCGAAGGUUUGAAUACAAGCUCAGCUUCAAAGGACCAAGGCUGGCAUUGCCUGGGGCUGGAAUCCCUUUCUGGAGUCAUCAUGGAGAUGCCAUCCUGGGCCUGGAGGAGGUGCGCCUGGCCCCAUCCAUGCGGAACCGGAGUGGGGCUGUGUGGAGCAGGACCCCUGUCCUCUUCCCCGCCUGGGAGGUGGAGGUGCAGAUGAGGGUGACCGGGCCGGGGCGCUUGGGAGCCCAGGGCAUGGCUGUGUGGUACACCCGGGGCAGGGGCCAGGUAAGCUCUGUCCUGGGGGCGCUGGACUCUGGGGAUAGCAUCGGGAUCCUCUUCGACUCCUCGGCUGAGGAUACCCAGAAGAGCCCUGCUAUCCGCGUGCUUGUUGGUAAUGGGCACAACCCCGACGAGCCACUCGGGGAUGGAGCCAGCCGGGUGCUGGGGUCCUGCCACCGGGCCUUCCGGAACCGGCCGAACCCCUUCAGAGCACGGAUCACCUACUGGAGGCAGAGGCUGCGUGUAUCCCUGAACAGUGGACUCACUCCCAGCGACCCGGACGAGCUCUGCGUUGACGUGGGGCCUCUGCUUUUGGCCCCUGGAGGUUUCUUUGGGGUCUUGGCAGCCACUAGCACGCUGGCAGAUGACCAUGAUGUCUUGUCCUUCCUGACCUUCAGUCUGAGUGAGCCGGGUCCAGAGCCCCCCCCGCAGCCCUUCCUUGAGAUGGAGCAGCUCCGCCUGGCAAGGCAGCUGGAAGGGCUGCGGGCAAGGCUGGCCCUGGGCACCAAGGAGGAGAUGAUUCUGAAGCCAAACUCCAAAGUCCAGGAGGAGGGGGAAAGAAUCUUUGACCUGGAGGAAACACUGGACCGAUACAGCCAGAUCCUGCAGGCUCUCCAGGGUCUCUCCAAACAGCUGGCCCAGGCUGAGAGGCAAUGGAAGAAGGAGCUGGGGUCCACAGACUGUGCCAGGCCUGAGAGCACCUGGGACUCAGCCAAGGUCAGUGCCCUACUCCAUGGACAGCUGACUCUCCUCCAAGACCUGCAAGAGAUGAGGGAUGCAGCUGCUCACAUGGCCUCAAGAGCCCAGGUCUUCUACCUACCUGAGGGCACCAAGCAUCAUUUCUUAGAGCUGGCCCAGAUCCUGAGCCUCCUGCAGAAGGACCUUCGGGGUCCAGCGAAAGCAGCAGCCAAGGACCCCCGCCCACCUGGCCGGCCCCCAGGGAUUUUCUCAUGCCUUCGGCCUGGCAUCUUCCUGUUCUUCCUCCUCGUCCAGACUGUAGGCUUCUUCUGCUACGUACACUUCAGCAGCAAGCAGGAGCUGGACAAGAACCUUCAGGACUAUCUGUCCACAGGCAGCCUUCCUCUGAGUCCAGCACCACAAAUCUCUAGGGCUCUGGGUGCUCUGAGACGGCAGCCCCUCUACCCCAACAUACAUGCAUGACCUGCCUCAAAGCCCUGAAGAAAAUGUCCAUGACUCAAGACUAAGAAAUCGAUAUAUGCCUGGAGGAUGGAGGGCUUGGCCAGUUUCUCUCCCUCUGGGUACCCACUUCCUAUCCACACCUUAGCUUUCAGAGGCUCCAACCUUAUUAAAAGUGAUUUCCCUCUC